UUCAGAGGUAUUUAAUCACACCUUCGCCACCUGCUACCACUCGUCAAGCAUUCCGUGAUGAUCUGAAUAAUUAUGUUUUUAAACGAUCAAAAGAAAUAAUAACCAGGCAUCGUUUUCUUAGGGUUGAAGAUGGUGAAUUGUACUUCUACCAGCAGCUCCUGUUGAAUGUUCCAGCAAGGAGUGAUCGGAUUUCAAGUCAACACCUGAUGCAUCAUGUCAUGAAAAUUUUUACAUCUCUUUCCGGAUUUCUUGCUCACCUUGCAAAAUGAGACUCUGUACACUCAUAAAUCACGAUUAUCACGUUCAUGGUUUCUGCUGAGUUGUUGGACUUCAUCUCAACAUUGACAUUUAUAAGCAAACCCAUUAUUUUAAGAUAAAUGGAAACAAUUGCAAUCGUAUGCAAAAAUUGUUUCGCCCUUACCGUUCACAAAGCCCAGGGUUUGACCUUAGCAAGGGUAUGCUUAGCAUUGGAUGGGAACAUCUUUUCACCCGGUCAAGCUUAUGUUGCUCUUAGUAGAUAUUCUUCCUGGGAUAAUUUAGAAAUAUCUCACCUUGAUAAAUCAGCUUUCAUGGUUGAUCAGGAUGUUAUCUUGGAGUAUCAAAGGUUGACGGACAUUUCUAAUACAAAUCCUCACCUCUUUUCGUGAUUAUUAUAAGAUGUUAUCCCGACUUUAAAAAUAAAAUGUUCUUUUAUUUUAACUGAUCACUUCAUCUAUUUAU